AAAUAUUCUGUCCAAGAGCGUAAACGAUGACUACCCCAGCCCUGCUGCCCCUAUCCGGACGAAGGAUACCUCCUCUGAACCUGGGGCCGCCUUCCUUCCCCCAUCACAGGGCGACUUUGAGACUUUCUGAGAAGUUUAUCCUCCUCCUUAUUCUAAGUGCCUUCAUCACCCUGUGUUUUGGGGCAUUCUUCUUCCUUCCAGACUCUUCAAAACACAAACGCUUUGAUCUGGGUUUGGAAGAUGUGUUAAUUCCUCAUGUAGAUGCCAACAGAGGGGCUAAGAACCCUGGAGUCUUCCUGAUCCAUGGACCCGAUGAACAUAGACACAGGGAAGAAGAAGAACGUUUGAGAAAUAAAAUCCGAGCCGAUCACGAGAAGGCCCUGGAGGAAGCGAAAGAAAAAUUAAAAAAGUCAAGAGAGGAAAUCCGAGCAGAAAUUCAGACAGAGAAAAACAAGGUAGUCCAAGAAAUGAAGACAAAAGAGAAAAAGCCACUGCCACCAGUCCCUAUCCCAAACUUGACAGGAAUAAAUGGUGGAGAUCCAGAAAGUAGUGACAUAAGAAAGAAAAGGGAAAAAAUUAAAGAGAUGAUGAAACAUGCCUGGGAUAAUUAUAGGAUAUAUGGAUGGGGACAUAAUGAACUCAGACCUAUUGCAAGGAAAGGACACUCCACUAAUAUAUUUGGAAGUUCACAAAUGGGUGCCACCAUAGUAGAUGCUUUGGAUACCCUUUAUAUCAUGGGACUUCUUGAUGAAUUCCGAGAUGGGCAAAAAUGGAUUGAAGACAACCUUGAUUUCAGUGUGAAUUCAGAGGUGUCUGUGUUUGAAGUCAACAUUCGAUUUAUUGGAGGCCUCCUUUCAGCAUAUUAUCUUUCAGGAGAGGAGAUAUUCAAGAUUAAAGCAGUCCAGUUGGCUGAGAAACUCCUUCCUGCCUUUAACACACCUACUGGGAUUCCCUGGGCAAUGGUGAAUCUGAAAAGUGGAGUAGGGCGAAACUGGGGCUGGGCAUCUGCAGGCAGCAGCAUUCUUGCUGAAUUUGGUACGCUACAUAUGGAGUUUGUUCACCUCAGCUACUUGACAGGGGAUCCAGUUUACUACAAAAAGGUCAUGCACAUCCGGAAACUGCUUCAGAAAAUGGAUCGUCCAAAUGGUCUUUAUCCAAAUUAUUUGAACCCAAGAACAGGUCGCUGGGGUCAGUAUCAUACAUCAGUUGGAGGGCUGGGAGACAGUUUUUAUGAAUACUUACUAAAAGCGUGGUUGAUGUCAGAUAAAACAGACCAUGAGGCGAGAAAAAUGUAUGAUGAUGCUAUUGAGGCUAUAGAAAAACAUCUUAUUAAGAAGUCCCGUGGAGGUCUUACCUUUAUUGGAGAAUGGAAAAAUGGACACUUGGAAAAGAAGAUGGGGCAUUUGGCCUGCUUUGCUGGGGGAAUGUUUGCACUAGGAGCAGAUGGUUCCAGAAUGGAUAAAGCUGGUCACUAUUUAGAGCUAGGGGCGGAAAUUGCACAUACAUGUCAUGAGUCCUAUGACAGAACUGCAUUAAAGCUAGGUCCUGAAUCAUUCAAGUUUGAUGGUGCAGUAGAGGCUGUGGCAGUCCGGCAAGCGGAAAAGUAUUACAUCCUCCGUCCAGAAGUAAUUGAAACUUAUUGGUACUUAUGGCGAUUCACGCACGAUCCAAGAUACAGGCGGUGGGGCUGGGAAGCCGCAUUGGCUAUUGAAAAGUAUUGCCGAGUCAGUGGUGGGUUUUCUGGGGUGAAGGAUGUAUAUUCCUCUACUCCUACACAUGAUGAUGUACAGCAGAGCUUCUUUCUUGCUGAGACAUUAAAAUAUUUGUAUCUGCUCUUCUCCGGUGAUGAUCUUUUACCUUUAGACCACUGGGUGUUUAAUACUGAGGCCCAUCCUCUACCAGUGUUACAUUUAUCCAACACCACACUUUCAGGAAAUCCUGCUGUUCUAUGAAAGCAGCUCCAGAAAGACCAUUCUCACCUGUGUUUUGUUUACAUGGACCACUACAGAAAUCAGUCUGGAGGAGGGGCUUUUAAAAACCUGGACCUCUUAAGUCAACAUGGCAGGGUGAAACGUCACUGUUCCCCACAGGACCUUUCAGCUUGUAGAUAGCUCAACUUUGAAAUGAUUCCAUUUUGUAUCUGACCAAAACAUAUUCUGGUGUGUGUGGGACAGAGACCUGAUGUGCUUUGAUUCUUGGUGAAAUGGUCACGUGAGAAAUUACGCCUGUCACGACUAUAUUGUUUUUAGAGUCCUGGAAUCAGGAGACUAGACUUCCUAAGAAUAAGCCAAGAAUGUGGAGCAUCGUGCAGGAGUUAGAGAUGGCCUUUGGAACCAAUAUACACUUGUUUCCUCCCAAAGUGGAGCAGCUUUCAAAUCAAAUGUUUACUCAUUGUUUAUCCCUUUUUUCUCCAUUUUAAAUAAUGGAAUGAACUAAAAUAAACAACACCAGAAGAACAGUAUAACUGCAGCAGCAGCAGGAGGACGCGAAAAAGAAACAGAAGUACCUAUCCCUGUCUGAAUUUUCAAGUUUCCCGAUGGAUGACCAGACUGGCAACCAUUUCAAAUCCCAAUCUAUUCCACUAAAAUGUCUUGGUUAAAUUUAAUUUUCUCUGGGGGCGUGAUCUCACAAAGAAUGCUCUUCAAGUCUUUGUCUCCAUAUAGAAUCAUUGAAACUGCUGUUUGUCACAAGCACUGCUUACGAGCCUGGGUUGGGAUUUUGUGCAUGUUGUUCAGUCUAGUGUUGGUAGCAUGAUAAAAAGUGGGAAAAAUGCCAAGUUUGUUGCCCUGAAAACUGUUGUGAGAGAAAGCCGUGGUUUUGUUGGUAGGAGAUUAUUUCCCCCAAACCAGCAAAUCUACCAAGUAAAUUUUAUCCACUUUUAACCUCAUUAUAAACUUAGUAGAAUCCCUCAACUUACAGCCUUAUUUGCGUGGCUCGGCAAAAUUCACCAUGCUAUUAUGCAGCUCUGAAUUUACCUUGAUGAGUCAAAUUACUUUCACAACUUUUUAAAUCAACAACAAAAUACAGUGAAACUUCCUUAAAUAUUCUGUCUGACAUGGGAACAAGGGAUCCUUUAUUUAUUAUCUCAUCAGAUAAGUGAGCUUUUCACAAAUAUUUUAUGUACAAAAAGAAAUUCAACCUGUAUUUCUCCAAGGAUAUUUAUACAAAUCCAAAGAAUUAAUCAGAAAAGCUUCAAAAUAAUUUUUAGUGAUAAAAGUGUGGUAUAAUUCAUCAUAUUACAGGAAAUUUAUAUCCAUAUAUCCAAGGGACUUUCUUUUACCAUCAAUAGAUUUUGCAAUGAUAUUUCUUUUUAAGGAAAUUACUAUUUCUUUAUAUUUUGUGGGAAAGAACUUAAAUUUAUCAGGAACUAUAUUGUAAGAUAAAUAGCUAAUGAUUAUAAAUUUUCUGACCCUUGAAUUUAUGUCACAGUGCAAGAUACUUUUUUCUUCUUUACAUUUAAUACAAACAGCUUACUUUGAUGAUAAAAGUUGGGAGUAAUAUAAUUAAUUUUGAUAUUUGCUCUGAUUUUGAAGAUUUCAUGAAACAAUGUUUGUGCAAGAAGCUCACCUUGGAAUUCUGAAGGUUUAUUUCCUUAUUUUGAUAGCUUUCCUUUUUAACCUUUUAUUAGCAUGUAGUAGAUUUAAAUUGGGAAAAGAUUUAAUAAAUUAAUAUAAUUAAAUAUUUUCUAAGGGUGAUCAUCUUAUACCACAAAUAGUCAAACAGUCCUCACAGUUCAGUAAGUGAUCCAUGAAUGUAACCACCCCAAGAAUUUUCAGGAUACAUAGAAAACAAGGAGGGACAGCCAGUUGCAUUGAGUUUUUAAGAGAGUUAAAGUUUAGCACAUAUUUUGAAAUUGUAAUAUCUUUUACUUCUUGAAAAAUAAAAAUUUUUAAAUGAGGAGGGUAGAUGACUGUAACUUGAGAAGAGAAAGGGAAAGUAUUUGCUUCUCAAAAAUGUUUGCCCUCAUUUUUAUCCUAAAAAUAGCACAAGCCCACUUAUGAGUCACUAAAAAAUGAAAAAUUUGAGUUGGCAGAACCCAGAGCUGUGCAGAGGGCAAUGAACCUUCCCUACUUUGUUUGGAAGAAUGCAGAGUGAAGGGACCUUCCUGGUUCCCCAGGAACUUCUCAAGGAAUGAGAAGACAUAACCCCCAGCCCCAAGUGCUCUCUUUGUAUUUCUCAGAUGACUGGAACAUAAGAGAAGGCAGAGGAGUGUACGAGCAUGGCCAGCUCUGGUACAAAAAAGCGUUUGAGAGGGACAGUGAAAGGGUCUUCUUUACCCACCCGCUGCCUUAUGAUGAUGAUGAGAAGAUUAGAGCUUAUAACAAUGCCUCCAUUUUUUUCUUCUCUGAACACCAAAGGCAAUUAAAUUAAAGUCAGCUACAAAUGACUUGCCAGUGUCUUCUUUUAUUUUUGUUAACAGAGUUUUGCAAUUAUUUCCUCCAAGAUCAAUCCUUAUCCUUUUUCUGCUUAGUAAAGUAUUUACUUUGCUGCUUAGUAAAGUAAAAUAUUUACUAUAUUCUUAGUAGUAAAGAGUAUUCUUUACUUUCUUCUGUCCUUUACAGUCCUUUGCAUUUUGUAGACCUUAUUACUCAGGUUAAAUACUCAUUACAUUUAUAAGACCUUCUGCAAAGAGCCUAGAAAUGCUUCUUUCCAGGUGCCUCUUGAGAGAGCUGACGCUUCACUUUGUGCCUCUGGCACAAAGGUGCAGAGUAGAUAGUUCAGUUGGUACAUAAAAGGAAAAAAAAAAGAGAUGUUGAACACCCCUCUAACUUCUACAUUUGUUUCUCUUUUAGAAUUUUAGCAUCACACUUUUUGGUUCAAACCAGUAUGAAGUUGUUAAAACCCAGAGCCUGUGGCCCUAACCAAAAAGAAGUCCCAGCGCAGAAAAAUAAGUCCCCGUCAGAGGGUUCUUACUUUCUGGUGGGUCGCACGUGUAUGCUGUUUUAUGUCUCUCUGACACCAAAUUAUUCCUGUCUUUGAGCACAUGUUUAUAUGUAAAAGUAAAACCUGGGUAUUGAGGUUUUUAAUUAUUAAUUACAUUAAUUUUCAUUUUAACUAUUAAAUACAUUAAGGAAUAUUAAUGUAUUCCUUUUGUGGAUUAUUGACCCUGAUUCUCUGUGACGUCGUCUAGGGCAACCCAGGGCUUCACUUGGUAGAUGUUAAUCAAGCAGAUUGAAAUUUCGAUCAGCUUCUCAUUUCCACCCUCCAUGGCCGAAGUCUUUGUCAAAUCUACAAAUUUGUUGAUGAAAGAUUGUGUUUGCCAUUCUCAUUACACAAUUUCUCCUUAAGCCUGGAUUUCUUUGAGUGAAUGCAUGAGUGAGUGAGAGAACAAAGGAACAAACAUGGAGACCCUACUAUGUGCCAGGCACCGGGCUAGGCACUUUUCAAGCAUUAGAACAUUUCGUGAUUCCAGUGGCAAUUUCUGUAUAAGAGUAGUUCAUACCAUUUUAAAUGUUUUCCAGUAUGAAUCAUAUUACAGAUCCUUAAUAUUAUAUUUCAUUUAAAUUAAAGAGGAAACGAAAUGGUUUAUAAUAUAUUUUAAACAAUGUGUUACUAUAUAAAUACUAACAGCUAUAAUUCUAGUUAAUAACUAAAGUCUCUUGGAAAAUGUCAAGGAAAUAGUUGAUUUCUGAUGCAACUUUGACUAAAAUAUUUACUUUAGAAAGAAAGAAAAACAUUCUUAUUUUGCUAUAUCACUUUAAUUACAUAAUUAAAAAUUAGUGUUUUAUAGAAGUGCUGUUUAUUAUAUAUUCAAAAAAUUUUGUCACAUAAUUCAAGGGUAAAACUUGCAGUUAUAAGUUGUUUUUGCCCUGCUGUAGGUCCUACUAAUGGUCCCAUGCUCUUAAAUAUAAAGAAAAAUAUACUAAAAUAUUUCUAAGUUCCAAAUAACAGUUCCUACUAACAGUAUUUUGAGUUCUUUUCUUUAGGUCUCCUUACCCUCAAAUUGGCUAGCUCAUAUCUUAUCCACUCUUUACGUAAAUACAAUUAUACACAGGGAGAUUUUUAAUACUGUCUGUGUGUGUUAAAAAUACGGUUGUUAACUGGUUUUGGCUGCACAAAUUCUAAGCAGAAUAUUUGAGCAACCAAAUAUGAUCUGGAGAUGUUUUAAUGCACUUACUCUGGUUCGAGAACAUUGGUGAAGAUGAUUUUCUGUUACUUUAGCUCGUUCAGAUCAUGAUGGAGUUGUUCUUUUUGAUCUAUAAUGGUCAGCAAGCUUUUCUGUAAACAGCCAGAUAUGAAUAUUUUAGGCUUUGUGAGCCAUACGAUCUCUAUCUCUAGUACUCGGUUCUGCCAUCAAAACGUGAAAGCAGGCAUAGACAAUAUGUAAAUGAAGAGGUGUAGCUGUGUUCCAAUAAAACUUUGUAAUGAAGGCUGGAUUUGGCCCGUGGGUCAUAGUUGUUAACCCUUGAUCCCAAGUUUAAUUUGUGGAAGACUCUGUAAUUUUUGAUUUGCAUCUUUUUUCUGUUUUGAGUUACAUAAUUUAUCUUUAAAGCAAAAAGAUGUGUGUACGAUUGUAUGUAUUUGUGUAACCUAAAGCUAUAUAUUUUGUUGUCUUGAAAAUAGACAUAUUCUUCCGGAGUUUGUUCAGGUUUCAAUAUGAUAUGACUAUCAUGAAAGAGGUGGAUUUUUUGUUCUUAGGAUGUGCUAUCAACCAGUAUCCUUGCCUUGUCAUUUAAUGCCACAAUUCCAGAGUUCCCAUGUGACAGGAAGAGUCUCUGUGGUGUCAAAUUACAUUCUCUGUAAGUUCACCCUGCUCGUUGACCUUUGCACUAGGACUCUGGAUUGCUGGAGCUGCAAAAAUUCCUCCCCUUGAGUACUUUUUAGACCCCUGUGACAAGAAUAUGAUAGAAUUUCUGACCUUUGUGCUGUAGAAAUCAAUCUCUUGAAAAAUUUUAAGCAACAAAGACUGGGUUAUGUGCCUCAUUUGCCAUUUAGCAGCCACUGUUCCUUUUUUAGACUGUAAAAGGGUCCUGCACCUGUUACCUCUAGAGCAGCCUAAAUCCAAGUACAAAGCACAGGUAUAUCCAAAAGCAGUUUCCCUUCCUCUUUUCUCGCAUAAUACUUCACAUCCUUUACACAUCAAUGGCAUUAUUUCCAAAUGCCAAUACACAUCAUCUUUAAAUUAAAGCAUCUCUUGCCCUCAGCCUUGCACUUCCACUGUUGAACGACUGAUCCAUUUUAAACUUUGUUUGAGCCCAGCAGAACUCAUGAAAUUGCUCAUAAAAUUACCUGACACCUAUUACUCGUAUAUGCAUUGCAAUGCACCAAUCAUCCUGAGAGAAUAGAUUUUUCACUAAGAAGUUCAUCAAGUAUUUCAGUAUUUUUUGGAAACUCUAGAGGAGGCAAAGCCUGUGUUCAGAGUGGUAGAGGGAGCACAUUAUAAAUGAGCUGCCUUUCUAAGUCCAACAUGCUGUACAGAUGGCUUCAGCUGAGUGUCAGUGUAAAUACACAAACACAUAAACCCACAUACAUACAUGUUCGUAUGCAGAGGAUUUCCAACUAUUGCAAAUGUCUUGCAGCUCUUUGAAUGCUACAGAACUCUACUGCAAAUUGCGUACCAGAAAACUACAUGGAGAUAAGCUCAGCUCUUUCUUGGGAAAAAUUGUGUUUUAGAAAAUUUAGAAAUUAGUUUCCAUUGGAUUAAUUAAAUUAUCUCCAGUUUUAAUUACUGGAUUUGGAAUUUGAAGUGCUGUCCCUCAGUCUCACUGGUCUCAAAUUCACUGAUAGAGUUUUUCCCUAAACUAAUAAGUGGGGUUAGUAUAACCUCCGAAAUCAGUACCCACUGGCUGCUCCUGGACUGAUUUCCAGUCAUGCUCUCCAUGUGUAAUUUUUACAAAAUAAAGGUAAUAUUGUAUAUUAAAGAUCAAAUAAAGAUAUUCUUUAAGUGAAAA